GUUACGUCCACCUUGACCUACGUCCGGCUGGACAAUCGACCGCCUUGUAACUUUCUGCGCCCGACGAGGUUGCCAUGAAAUAUCGGUAUGAUUAUUACGAUCCAGUUUAUGACCUAUCGUUCAACGGAGAGCGUUACGGAAGUUGGUCUGAGUGGUCCGAUUGCGACCAAACCGAAUGCAUUCAUCGUCGCCGCCGUGAAUGUACCGAUGGCUCAUGGAAGCGGGACAGUUACAACGGAUACGCUGCAUCCAACUGCAUAAGCAGAUAUUAUGAAGAGACGAAAGCAUGCGAAAACCAAACGGCAUGUGUAUGGUUCGCUAAGUUAUUGGACAACUGUGGUACCCGACAAGAAAACACUGGAAUUUCUUUCAAAAUCCUCGGUGGUGAAGCGUCUGUGCCACAUGCUUGGCCAUGGGCGGUUCGGCUGACUACAGGAACUGCCAAAGGAGAGUUAGAAACCUUGUGCGGGGGAACUCUGAUCAAUCGACAGUGGAUAGUCACCGCUGCACACUGUUUCCGCAUGGCGCCGUUUUUCCCUACCGGAAGGCUAGUUUCUCCAGAUGAGCACAUUAUUGGUGGUAUAAUCGCUCAUCUUGGUGAUCAUCGGGUUAGCGUUAAAGAGAAAACGCAGCAGGACUAUCGCAUCAAGGGGGCAUUCCUUCAUCCGAAUUAUCACUCAUUCGGCUACCUAUCUGGUCGAGAUAUUGCGUUGUUACAGUUGGAAAAACCUGUUGAACUGCAACCGGAGGUCAAUUACGUUUGUCUACCGAAGGAGAAUGUUGAAUUCAAAACUGACACUGAAUGCUACGCUGUCGGGUGGGGCGAUGUGCCGACAAGUAUGAACGGUAACAUCAGUGUGCAAAACGUUUCCUCGGGCAGCAUAUCUCAGGCACAACAUUCGAAGGAACAAAAGGUUAUUGAAAAUCUUUGGUCCACAAGCAUCAUAUCAGAGCCGGACGAAUUGCAGGAGGUCAGACUACCACUGCUGACAACAGACGAGUGUCGAAAACAUCACAAAAGACUGCGAGACGAGUUCCAAGUCUGUGCCGGUUUGAAGGGGAAGGAUACCUGCAAAGGUGACAGUGGUGGCGGCCUAUUUUGCAAACUACCGGACACCAACAAAUGGGUUCUAACUGGUGUGACGAGUUUCGGCAGCCAAGAUGAAUGUGGGCAUGGUGUCGGCAUAUACACGUCAGCCAUUGCUUAUCACGAAUGGAUUUGGAAUACAAUCGCUCAAUUAGAUGUCUAG